UAUAAAUAGGUAGGAAUGGGUUCUAGGGCUAGGGUUCUCACUAUUCUCCCAUGUCCUAGCAGCCGCCUCCUUCAGAUCGGCUCCUCUCUCCUCUCUCUCUCUCUCUCCCCUCCUUCAGAUCCGAAGGGCUAUGGUUUUCACCGUUCUCCCUCGAAUCUCGUCGUCGACUCCUCCCUCGAAGCUCGUCGUCCCACGAAUCUCGUCGUCGACUCCUCCCUCGAAGCUCGUCGUCGAGUCCUCCUCCAAGCUCGUCGUCCCUUGAAGUUCGUCGUCCCUCGAAGAUCAUCGUUUACUCUCUCGACUGUCUUCCCUCCUUCAGAGAUAAUUUACAAUAGAGAUUUCUAUUAUGACUACUUUGUUUUCAAAGUUCUCGAAAGGUCUUGUCUCCUAAAAGUUGAUGGUGUAGUUAUUGAAAGGCCUCAGCACAUGUUGAUGAGAGCUUCAAUAGGAACUCAUAAGUCUGAUAUCGUGUCAGUGAUUAGAACAUAUCAGUUAAUGUCAGAAAGAUCAUAUACCCUCGUAAACAAUGUUCUAUUUUGUGCUGGAACAGAUUGGGCGCAGUUCAGCAACUGUUACAUUUUCUGUCUGGAAGGUGAUACCGUUGAGGGUAUAUAUGACACAUUCAAGCAGUGUGAUCAUGUAAUCAAAUCUGCUGGAGGAAUUGAUGAUACUGUUCAAAAGAUUGGAUCAUUGAGUCGGACACAUGGAAUGUCCAAUGGUAUAAUUCCAAUGCUAAGGCUAUAUACACUGACCCAGCUCAUUAUGUUGAUCCAGAGGAAGUCGAGAGGAAGUCGAGAGGAAGUCGAGAGGAAGGUUGCAGUUUCUCUGGAGCCUUGGCACUCAAAUAUAUUAGAGUUUCUUGAUCUGGAAGAUAACUGUUUGAAGGCCCGCGUUCUGAAUAGGAAUAUCUUUGAAGUGUUGUAUUACUCUGCUCUAGAAGCUUCUUCUGUAAUUGCAGAAAAAGAGCAAGUAUUGUCAUUUGAGGAAAGUCAUAUGAGUAAGAAGAAGCUUCUAGAACAGAGUAAUACAACACUUCAAAAAUGUUCCUACUCAGAAAAUCCUUGGAGAGACGCUCAUGUGAUGUUAUUGUCAGCAUUGGAUCGAACGAACGUUUCUUCAAUAGGAAUAAACUGGUUACGAAAGAAAUUACUAUCAACCAGAAUAAAUUACUUGAUAAUAAUUCCUUUUAUGAUGGAAAUGCAAAAAGUUGGAACCAGUGGCAUCGGCCAAUUCAGAUCGGUGUCAAGGGUUUGGCAGAUACCUUCAUUUUAUUAGGAAUGCCCUAUGAAUCUGAGCAGGCCCGCGUUAUGAAUAGGAACAUUUUUGAAGUGUUGUAUUACUUUGCUCUCGAAACUUCUUCUGUAAUUGCAAAAAAAAGAGCAAGUAUUGUUCAUUUGAGGAAAGUGAUAUGAGUAAGAACUGUAUGAGAAAUUGAUCAGCGAACCCUCAUUGACAUGGCUUUUGAUCGGGGUUGCUAUAUAGACCAAUGUUAAGUGUUGGAUAUUUAUGUGGACAGGGCAGACUCGUGUUUAAAGCUAAGUUGCAUUCAUAACCACGUUUGGUCUAAGGGCAGACUCGUGUUUAAAGCUAAGUUGCAUUCAUAACCACGUUUGGUCUAAGGGCCUAAAGGUGGGGAUGAACUAAUUCCAUGUGCGUGACUUCAGUGUCGAAACUUCCUUUCUUCAGAAUGACGAGCCAGAGGAAGAGGGAAAGAACUUGAAGACAAAAGGUGGUUUACAGGGACGACUGCAUAGUUUCAGGAAACUAAUUACAUCGAGGCAGCACGUCUAGCUUGCAGAUGGUGCCCGUACAAAUGGAACAAAAUGCCUUAAAAGACUUGUCCAUAAAGGAGAAAAUUCUGUCUGGAGUUGAAGUCUGCAGCUGUUAGCUAUUUGAUUAGUCUUCUCAUUAUUUCUGUGUUUGAUUUCAGUUGCAAUGGGAUUGUUAGCUCUACGAUUAUUGAUUUUAUGAUUGUUUGGAGUCUGAUUACAGGUGUAACAGGAUUGUCGUGCGAGCAGUGUUAGACUGAGUAUAAGAUCAGAUAUUGCAGCGUUCAUUUUAAACUUGGUUAAUAUAUGAACUCGAAUUCUUCUUCAUA